AAAACAAAACCUGUUACCGUGAGACAUGCAGAGGGAACGAGAGAGGGAGUGGCAUGGAAAUAGCGAGCGUGUUCUUCGAUUAGGGUUUUGAUUUUUCCCCCAAUACUAAAUCCCAAGGUGAGUGAGUGCGUAAUAAUCCACUGAUUUCAUCUCAAUUAUUGCUUUUUUUUUUUUAAUUUAAUUUUCUUCUUUGAGUUGCAAAUUGAAACGCAGUUGAUUUGAAGCCCCCUUCAAAACCUGAAAAUUUUCAUCUCGUAAAUGAUGAUAAUGAUGAAGAAAAUUGUGUGUGAGAUAGAAGUGUUUUUGUUAUGUGCAGGGAGCGAGUGUGAGGGAUUUAGAGAGAGAGGAGUGGAGAAGAAUUCGAGAGAGAUUUUUUUCCUAUUUAUUUUUCAAUUUUUAGGGAUUGCGUUUCCUUGAUCCUUAUUCAAAUUUUCAAUGGAGGAACGAAAGCUUGUGGUUUUGGGUAUUCCAUGGGACGUUGAUACUGAUGGCUUGAAAGAAUAUAUGAGCAAAUUUGGUGAGCUAGAAGAUUGUAUUGUUAUGAAGGAACGGUCAACUGGCCGGUCGCGCGGUUUUGGAUAUGUUACAUUUGCAUCAUUGGAUGAUGCUAAGAGUGUGCUAUCUAGUGAACACAGUCUUGGCAACAGGACGCUGGAAGUCAAAGUGGCCACACCAAAGGAGGAGAUGAGGGCACCAGUCAAAAAGGUUACCAGAAUCUUUGUGGCCAGGAUUGCACCAUCAGUAACAGAAGAAACUUUUAGGAGUCAUUUUGAGAAAUAUGGUGAAAUAACCGAUUUAUACAUGCCAAAGGAUCGAGGAUCAAAAACACAUCGCGGAAUUGGUUUUAUAACUUUUGCAAGUGCAGAUUCUGUAGAGAACUUGAUGAAAGAAACCCAUGAACUGGGAGGUUCUGAUGUGGUGGUUGAUCGAGCAACACCUAAGGAAGAUGAUUUCAAGCCAAUUGGCAGAACCAGAACGACACAAGGAGGAUAUGGUGCAUAUAAUCCAUAUAGUUCUGCACCAACUAGAUAUGCAGCACUUGGUGCUCCAACUAUGUAUGAUCAUCCUGGUUCAAUUUAUGGAAGGUCAGAACCUGUUCGUGGAAUGAGCAAAAAGAUUUUUGUUGGUCGUCUUCCCCCGGAGGCAACCACUGAGGAUCUUCGCCUGUAUUUUGGCAGAUUUGGCCAUAUAAUAGAUGCUUAUAUACCUAGGGAUGUCAAGAGAUCUGGUCAUAGAGGUUUUGGUUUUGUGACUUUUGCGGACGAGGGUGUUGCAGAUCGUGUCUCUCGGAGAUCUCAUGAAAUUUGUGGACAUCAGGUUGCCAUAGAUUCAGCCGCCCCUCUUGAUGAGGCAGGGCCCAGUGGGAACACUAUGUUGAAUAGCAUGGAUACUCUCAGGGGAUAUGGCGGACCUGUGAGGCCUUAUUUUGAUCAAAGUCCUGUGAGGCCACCUUAUGGGAGAAUGUACGAUAACCUGGACUUCGAUGAUUGGAGUUAUGGAGUUGCUAGUAGAAGACCAUCAAGAGCAGAUUGGAGAUAUAGACCAUAUUAGGAGGGUAUGGUUUAAUUGGCUGCAAUGCAUUCCAAACGCUGGGUUCCAUGAACUGCUGUGAAGGUCUUCUAUUAAGAAUGGUUUCAAAAAUUUAUCAGUACCAAGCUGGAUUUUAAUUUAUACAUUGUAAAACCAAAUAAAUUAUUUUUUUGCCCAGCUUUAAUCUUGUAUUCUUUUAUUGGUUUAUAAGAAUUUUUUGCGGAUCCUCUUGCAUGU